GUGCGGUAUCAUCCAUAUCAUUUAGCGGAGCCCUCUCCAUGACCUUUUUUGGGGGCGACGGCCGCGUUUUUUUUGACUAUCGGCCUAGUGUCUUUUUUCCAUUAUGGGCAACGUUUUUUUUUAUGAUUAGGGCUUUUAGUUAUGGUUGGAGUUAUGUUUGUUUGAUGACAAGAUGUAAUACGAGAGUCUACCUUUCAAGGGCAUCAUUCUUUAAUUGUAAAACAAGGACUUAAAUAUGGUAUGCUUUUAUUUAUUCUUUCAGAAGUCCUUUUUUUUUUUUCUUUUUUUUGGGCUUUUUUUCAUAGUAGUUUGGCCCCUGCGGUGGAAUUGGGGGUAGUAUGACCUCCACAAGGUGUCUCUGCAUUAAAUCCUUUCUCUGUUCCCUUAUUAAAUACUGCUGUGCUAUUAAGUUCCGGGGCAACGGUGACAUGGGCUCAUCAUGCCAUUGUUUGUGGGGCUAAAAAAGAAGCGCAGUUGGGUUUGUUUCUAACACUUUUAUUAGGAGUAGUCUUUACAAGUUUACAGGCAAUUGAGUAUUAUGAGGCUCCGUUUGCUUUGUCAGAUUCUGUUUAUGGAUCAACUUUUUUUGUUGCAACUGGGUUUCAUGGAUUACAUGUUUUAAUUGGAACGACUUUUUUAUUUGUUUGUUUUUUUCGUUUGUUAUCAAAUCAAUUUACUCGCCGUCAACAUGUGGGUUUUGAGGCGGCGAGUUGGUACUGACAUUUUGUUGAUGUAGUAUGGCUAUUUUUAUAUCUAUGUAUUUAUUGAUGGGGUUCUUAA